AUGAGCGGUUUCGUCGAUGCGGAGGAGGCGCCGAGCGAGAUUCGCAGCGUGAUGGACGCGGUGAAAACGAGUGCGUCCGAGCCCGAUCGGCACUUUUUGCUCAUGCAUUUGACGCAGAAAAUCAUGGAACGAAACGUGGAGGUGAUUCGGAAUUAUCCCGGGAUCCGUCAGCUACCGGAGCGCGAGCGGGAACGGAUUCUCGCGAUGGCUCUUUUUGCACGUGCUCGACAUCACCUACACAAUCGUCGAAAACUGGCACGGCCAAUUGCGACUCUCUUGCGGCACAGAGUCAGUUCAGAACGGCAGAAGAUUCCAGAAAUGUUUCCUUUUCGUUUUCAGAAUGAAUUUCAGUGCGAUGGCCGUGCUGAGUCUGUCGCAAGUCACUCACGACACACGGAUAAUCGAUUCGGCCGUCGAAUCUCUGCGCAAGAUGCACUUUGACCGAGUGGACUAUCUGGGACUUCAGGCCAACGCCAUUUUCCAUCGAUGUUCGCACUUUUUGAAAACGAUAAUGCCGCCGACGAGCCGGACGGAGCCGGAGAUAAAACGAUUGUUGACGAUCAUGCAGUUGCUGCAGAGCAUCGUGCCGCGCCUCUUCCGAACGCUGAUGGAGUGGCGCGACGGCGGAAUGAUAAAGGCGGCCGGAUUCGAGAAAUUGGACGCGGCGGUCGGCAGAUAUGCGAAAGAAGAGUUGCCGCACUAUUUCGACGUGCUCCUUCCGCUCGUCGACAGCAUUUUCGAAAUGAAAUCGCUGCCGACCAUCUUUGAAGCCGGCCAAUUCGUUAGCAAUCAAGGACUCCGAAGAUUCUGGCCGUUUGCGUCGAAAUGCACGCAUUUUAUGAAUCUGCGGCCUGAGAAUCGGCAAUUCGUGUUCGCCAAGUCGUGGAUGCUCCUUCAUCUCGCCGAUUUGGCGCAUAUUGUGACUACGAAAACAGUCAGUGACGGACAGGAACUCGAUUCCGGCGAAACGUGAGUGAGAAUUCACAGAAAAUACACUAUUAAACCUUCAGCCUUUUCGUGCGAAAUUUGGCAUUCGUCGAAGGAGACCAAGGCGUCCGUAUGUGGAACACGAUUCUCGGAUAUAUUCGCAAGUUCAAACCGAAAGAAUUCGCAAACUUUCGCUAUUUGAUGCUGCUCAAAACGAUCGAAGCGCACGAUCCGUCGGAUCCGCAAAUUGUGAAAGCGGCAAUCAAUGCAAUCCUGAAUUCGUUCACCGCGUCGUUUCUGGACGGCUUCGCUCAGUUGCUUUACAAACAGCUCGACGCGCUCGUCAUCUACACGAUGCGGGUGCUUCUGAAGAGAAGAGAGGAGCUGAACGCAGGCUCUUUGCUGUGGGAGCACGUCGAAAGUGUUCAGGUGCCUGAAAUGCCUGCUCCGACUGCCUACAGCUCCUCUGCAAAGUCCAGAAAGGAGAAGAAGCAGCGGCAGGAUAGGGACCUUCUAUUCAUUGAUCUUCGCACGCUUCUCAAUGUGCAAUCAAAUCUCUCGUAAGUUUUCCAUCAACAAUUGCAACAUUAAUAAUAUUUAUUCAUUUCAGCAAAGAAAAGACCCUCUUCAAAGCGGUCGAAGCAAUCACUGGCCAGGAGUUUGCUCCGAUCUUGCCGGAACAUCCAUGCACCGCCUCCGCGCCAGGACGGGAACAGAGAACGGAAGGGAAGAUUGGCGGCCGAGAAGGAGCAGAUUCGACGGGACAAGGAGAAGGCCGCGAUGGACGUUCUCAAGUCGUUCAUCAUAGAAAACGAACUGGGAACCAGUGAGCAGAGGUAAGGGUUAAGGAACUCAAGGCCCAUUUCGAACAUUAUCUCUCAUUUCAGAAACAAGUUGGAGAACCUUGUGACUCUCGAGAUCAUCUGCAACUUCCUCCGCUCGCGUGCAACUGCUUCUCCUGCUCCGGCCGCUUCCGUCCCUCCCGCUCCGUCUCUCUCUCCCCAAUGGCCGCCACUUCUUUCCGAAUAUGCCAAGAUACUCCAAUAUCUCGCAUUCUUCCAGCCGGCCCAGUUCUUUGCGCUUGUGGCAGCUAGUCCGAUGUUCCAAAAUAAAGAGGAAGAGAUCGAUGUCGUCGGCGACUAA